AGGGCAACGGCGGCGGCGGCGGUGAGAGGCUAAGAUGUUGGCGUCCACCAGCUCUUUGAAAGCUGACUCUUUACUAGAGAUACGGGAAAAGAGGUGUGAUGAGGCCAAUGUCCAGUGUCAGUUCGGCCCUGAUUUCUCACCGAGGAAGACAGGGAAAAAGAAGGCAAACUAUUACGGGAUUGAGGUGGUGCAACAGAUGGAGUGGAGAACGUGGAAGCUGGGGAUAGAGUACAUCAAACAUUUAACACUAAAGAACAUACACUUCACCAGCAAAAAGAUAAAGUUCAGGUCUCCGCGCUCUGAUUUCUUCACCACGCUGUUCCCACAGCCAGUGGUGCUGUGUCCUGGCAAUAUGUACUCGCUGCCCAUCACCUUCUGUGGGCUGGAAAAGAGGAACUACGUGGACAGCAUUGAGUUUGAAGUGGAGAACAGGCACUUCACUGUUGACCUGCUGGCCACCAUGCCCUACUACAAUCUGGUGAUGCCAGACGUUGUGCGCUUGCCCAUCUGUGCUGUCUUCAACACCUCUCACAUCACCUUUCACAUGUACAACAGCAGUGACUUGACGACACCCUUCUGCUGGAUGACCCCAAGUUAUUUCAUGAUGAUCCCAGCCAAAGGCACACUGGCUUCCAGGGCCAAGUGCCAGGUAAAGGUGGUCUUUUACCCCUGGGUCACCCAGGUCUUCGAUGUGAUCGCCGUCUGCCAGUUCGGAGACGCAGGGCAGUGCAAGAAGUACGUCAAGCUGGAGGCAAUCGCUAAGUUCCCUCACCUCCUGCUCAGUGUUCCCGGGGAGCUGUCCCAAACCUCAGGGCAGGAGGACACACAGAGUGUCCUGUCAUUCAACCACGUCGCCAUCAGGAGCACAGCUGAGAAGUACAUGGAAGUUCACAACUUCUCGCCAGUGUGCACCUCCUUUCAGAUUGUGCAAUCUCACACCUCGUCUCUGCCCAAGUCCGCCUUCUCCUGUAACAUCAAAGAGGGAGUCGUUCCAGCCAAUGGGACGCUGCAGAUCCCCAUUACCUUCACCCCCCAAAUCGUUGGCAUCCAGAGUGUUGACUACUUCCACAUCAGCCGUCCGGGCAACAUCAGCAAGUCUGUGCUGAAAGUGAUGGGUUCCUGCAAAGGUCCACUGGUCUGCCUUCAGCUGCUGAAGCUGAACUUUGGCUGUGUGACCCUGGGUGAGACGGCGAGGAGCACCAUGGAGAUCAGCAACACCUCAGACGUGCCGACCUUCUACCAGUUUGAGAUGGACUGUAGCCAAAGCGUCUUCGUCAUCGACGAGCCUUGCGGUUUCCUGGGUGGGGAGUCUACAAAGACGCUGAAACUCAAGUUCAGACCCACGCACCCAAUAAACUGCUACAGGAGAGUGGCCUGCCUCAUCCACCAUCAGGACCCGUUGUUUCUGGAUUUGCUGGGCACCUGCCACACGAGCACCGAGACACCUGCCAUCCUGCAGCCCAAGCACAUCGACCUGUACCUGGUCAACGCAAGCCGCCGGCUGACCACCUACCCCCCUGACAUCCUGAGCAUCAUGCUGGCCGAGGGCAAGCUGGCACUCGAUCUGAACGGUGCCUUGAUGCUGGUCUCUCCAACCUGUUGUGAACCUGAAGCCACAGUCGAGGAUACUGACAAGUUGACAGAGGGGCACACCAACAUUCUUUCCAUCGUUGAAUAUUUUGACGAUGGGAUCUCCAGCGAUGUGACCAUGUUCCCACCGCACGUGACCACCAGUGUAAGAGAGCUGAACUUCCAGGGCUGCCCCCAGCUUGAUAAUAUCACGCCCCUGCCCUUCUGCCUCAUCAACUACACCAAAGGCAAAGUGUCUGUGGUGUGGACCGCCAGGCCCGGGAGUCCAUUCAGCGUCACGCCUCUGACUAUUGAUAUCCCACCCCUCAAGAGCAUUGCUUGCCGACUUCACUUCAAACCCAACAUGAACAACAUGCUGUACGCGGCCGAGAUGGAGUGCUUUGCUUACUAUAAGGCGAUGCGUGACCACCGUAUGGUUGAUGACAACACUUUCUGCCCACCGUGGUGUAUCACUAUGAGGGUGCAGGGACACACGUUCAAGGUCGGCUACAAUCAUUUUAUUCCCAAGUACACCAUCGACUCUCCUGAAACGGUCUUUCCUCCUGUGUACGAGACGGGGACGGCAUACAGGACGGUAGUGUUCAGGAACAUGGGGGACUUGAUCAUCCCCUUCAGCCUGGACAUCCAGAACAGCCCCAUCAUCACUGUGAAACCAACCAUGGGCUUCGUGCUCCCCAAAGCCCAUCAGAUCUUCACGUUCAGAGCAAUGCCCAAGGAGGAGAAGCUGUGCAAACACACAGUGCUGCUGGAGCUGAACAUGUUGGUGAUGUACAGACAGAAGCUGCACUUGAUGUACAGUGUGGAGAGGCCACUGUUGAAGCUGGACGGAGAUGCCUACCUGUACUUCAAGCCCACGUGUGUGGGCACGGUGUCAGGGAGGUCCUACAUCAUUAAGAAUGUGACAGAAAUACCCCUGUACUUCCAGUGGGAGAUCCAGGCCAGAGACUCCCACUUCCUGUCUGUCGCUCCUACCUUUGGCAUUAUCCAGCCCAAUGAAUCAUUGGCACAGAACUGGAUGUUUUACCCCCAGGAGGAGCAGAGAUACUUCAUGAAGCCGCACGUCUUCACGUGGGGAGUGAAGAACCUGCACCACACGGAGCACGGGAGGAAAACACACCUAGCCCUCAGGGUCAUCGGUGAGGGGGCAAAGGGCAAGAUCACGGUUGAUCAGGAAAACAUAGACUUGGGACACCUGCUUGUCGGUGACACCAAGGUGGGAGAUCUGAUACUGCUGAAUAACGGCAAGUGCUCCUUAAAAUUCUCCCUUGGUGUCACACAGAAAAUCACCGGACCUUGUGAUCCAGAUGAGGUGGAAAAAGACGACAUAGCGUUUGAUCUGGAGUAUUCCCAAGGGACGAUCCCAGCAAGGUCAAAGCUGAUCAUCGGGUUCACAGCCUGGACAUUACGGAGGCUUCACUACACCUGGGAAAUCAGCUGCAAAAUUGUCACAAACAAAGUCCUGAGCCCCAGUGAGGAGAAGCUGCUGGAGGAGGAUCCGGAGGUGAAGGAGGCGGGGAGCGAGAUGAAGGAGAUGCCUGCGUGUGUAGUGAAGGCGGAGGGUGUGUACCCCACUAUCUGUGUCCUGGACGCUCGCUGCUUGGGGAGCAUCAGUGGUAUGAGCAAGCAGCAGCUCUGGCUGCUCUUCUCCCUGGACAGGCUGAACAAGUACCUGGAUCAAGACCCCACUGAGAACGAGCUCAUCUACCGGGUGCCCACAAGGCACAGCCUGCACCGAUGCCCCUCAGUGCUCACUCCACUAAUGCUGGACUUCAACUUUGGAGCAGCUCCCGCCUGCUCACAGCCGUCCGUCAUCUUGCUGAUGAUCGAGAACAAGGGAGUGCUGCAGGUGGACUGGGCUUUCCUGUUUCCGUUGGACCAGAACUUAGACCUGGAAUAUUGGGCAGAAUCCGGGGAGUUUGAUCCCAACGAACUCCACGAGAUGCGAAUCCAAGACAAUAAACUCUUUGACGUGAAGCCAAAAUCCGGAGUGCUCCUUCCCGGGCAACGGGAAACCAUUCAAUUCACCUACAGGCAUGAAUUCUCAGGUACUGACCGCAUCCCUGUUGUACUGAAACUCUCUCAUGGACGGGAAAUCCUGUUAAAUUUCAUCGGUGUGACAGUUCCCAAGGAUCAACCUUAUGUUCACUUCAUUUCAACUGAGCACACCUUCGCACCUAUUUGCAUUGGUAUCGACAGUCCACCUAAGCAGGUUUACACAUUGUUCAACGGCGGGUCCGUGAAUGUACAUUAUGAGAUCCAGACCGACUGCUUGAAAACGAUUCAGGAGGAGAAUUAUGAUCACGCCAUCUUCCAGUGCCUGAACCCACGCGGAGAGAUCCUCCCGGGAAAGACCGCUUACACCGAGUGGGUGUUCUCACCCCUCGAGGCUGAGAGCUACUCGGUAGUUGUUCCCAUCCAGAUCAUUGGAGGUGACUCCGCGUUGGUGACCUUCACCGGAAUUGGAUAUGACAAGCGUGUUCUGGGGGCCUGUGCAUCUUUCAACAAUCCUUCGUCAUACUUUGGUGCCCCCGCCAUACAGCAGGCUCUAGUACUAGGGCAGCUUCUGUUCAUGUCCGAGGAGAGGAUUACGUUUGGGAACGUGCCCGUGUUCAGCAAGUCCAGGCAGAUGAUCUUCCUGUACAACAUCUCGGAAGUGGAGACCAUUAGGUACACCUGGCACUUCACUUCAGCUCACGUGUCUGAGGUGGUGAGCAUCAUUCCGGUUUCGGGAGUGCUCCCUCCUGGAGGCAGUACGUACUCCGUGGUUGUCCUGAGCUCACACGUAAAGGCUUGCUUUUAUGACCUGGAUCUGACCUGUGAGGUUUUCUCAAAGCGUCAGAUGGAAACGUACCACCAGGAGCUCAAUGCCUGGGAGAAGGAGAAGGAGCUGCAGCAGGUUGAAUUCACCAUCACUGAGAAGGACUUGCAAGGAGAUCAGCAACUCACAUCCCUCAAACAGGAUUCCAUGGGGUCGUGCACUGAGAGCAAACACAGAUCCCCUGACACCAAAGUUAAGAAGUACAAGACGCUUCCUCCGAUCAAGAACCACCAGGACACGUGGGUUGGCCAGCAGAUCAAGAAACCGCGCCCCAAACAGUGGCUUAGACCUCGGCCUCCAAAACCCUUCGUGCUCCACCUGGGGGUGACAGCCAGGUCACACUCCCUGAAGGAAUUCCAAGACAACUUCUCUUCCGAUCUUCCCAAACACUACAUCAUGAGGAGCUUCAUAUCGAAACCGCUAUCAAGUAUGACACAAAGUGGUGAUACAAGAGGACCGUGCAACAGGGCUAACAUGGUCCCCCCAGGACAACAGCUCCUGAACGCAUCGGUGCCACAAGUCAGGAUGGUGACGGACAUCCUGAUGACAGUGUUGAGGUGUCUAUUGAACGACGAACAGUUUCAGUUGGCCGUUUCCGAGUGCAUGGAGGGUCCCAUUCCCUAUUUCACACAGCUGUGGAGCCAGGAAGCUGAGGAAUUGGCCGCGAGGCAAGACGAGGAACUUGAGAAGCGGGCAGACCAGCCUGGCCCUGCCACCCUGACCCAGGCAGGCUUAGCUCGGACACCCAAAGAGUCCAUAAUCCCAGGCUUCACCCAAAUACCUGUUGACCCAUCAUCCCUUGCCCUGAACAGAGAGGCCUCGGGCUUGUUGUCUUCCACCCAAUCCCAAGCGCCCCCAGCCCAGCCCCCCGCUGAGCUUGUAUCCACAGAGAGGCUUCAGCCAGAUUCUGAAUCCGCCUUCGAGCCACAGACCCCUGUUGAACAAUUGUUGACCUCUCUGCCUGAGGAGGACCCCUUUGAAAUGAUACCCACAGGCCUGCUGCUGUCAGACAUGACACCCACAGGGUUCUUCCCCAGGAUUUUGCCCCAGGUGCUCACGGGCUUGGUCCCAGCUGGUCUGUUACCCGUCAGCCGAUUGCCCACAGGCCAAGUGUUCAGUGCCCCAGAGAUCACAAGCUCAGUAAUAUCUGGCGUGGGAAUAAACAUCCCAGUCUCGACAGGCCCAGCAAUAACAUCUUCCUCUCACACAGGCCAGGCAAUAUUUAACCCCAUAGUUCCCAUUAGACAGGAAGUAUCGAACACAGCUACCACUGGCCCAGAAACCAUGAAUCCAGGACCAAGUCAAGGCCUGGCUGGCCCUGAAACAUUAACCCCACAUCCCUCAGAUCUGUUGUUGUCAAGCCCAGGGCCCCCGAGCCCAGUGACCUUACAUCCACUACAAGACGUACCGUCAGACCUGCUGUCCGUGCCCAUCAGCCCCAGAAGCACCAGCCCGUUCCAUCCAGUCUCACAGCCCACUAGCCGGGUGGCCUCGGGCACUAACCAAGUGACUGUAGACCAGCUCCAGGAGGUGGCGGACGAGUCAGUGCCCGAGGUUGCCAUCCCCAUUCUGGUCCAGCCGCCGGAAGACACUGAAGAGGGAGUGAGGGAGGCCUUAGCCAUCAGUGAGGAGGAGGCGCGGAGGAAGGAGGAGCGGGCGGUCAUGCUCAGCAUCCAGUUUGAGGAGAGGAUCGCACAGAGGCACCAGCUCAAAAGACAGUCCGGCUUCUGUGACGUCAUGGAGAUGAUCUUGGAAAACACCUUGAGGAACAUCAUCAUCGAAGCGAACCGGGGAGAGGUGGUCCUCACCGCCCGACCACGGGUCAUUCUUUUGCCUCCAAUACGCGGACAUGUCAGCCAUGCCAAGACAUCAGUGAUGAACACAGAACCGCAAGUGGGCAGAGGGUGGAACACCCUGCCACAGCUCCAUCCCAAAAUCAUCCUGACUAACAGUCAACUAAGCACCCACACCAUUACCUCCGUAAGAACCAUCCGGUGAUGUCUGGAACUCUCAGCAAAGAGCUGUUGCCGUUUUGUGCCAUUUGA